AUGUGGAAGAUUGCCCAAGGUCUGCUCAUGUGGUAUGGCAUGCAGAUGGUGAUGAAGCAAUUCACCGGUGGCAACAAGGCACAGACCACCAAAGAGGUGACGGACGAAGCUGGCAAUGUCGUCAAGGUGCCAGCCAACACGGGCUCCAUCCCAGCCUACCAACUGCGGCCCAAGACCCUUGACGAAGGUGCUGUCUAUGCUCGAAUCCCUCAACGUAUCGCACCUAUUUGGCCUACCGAUAGCUCUCUUGACAUCAUUGUCACUCUAUCCGACUCAUUCAUUCCCAAGCCCAUUGCCAGCACCGAAGAGCAAUACCGCGUCCUUGAGGAGAAGUCUUUCCAACUUGCCAACUACAGCGACAAGCGCUUCGUUGAGACCGAGUUUGCCGUCCCUACGGCUGUUCAGAAUAACGGAACGCUUUGGGGACAUUUCUAUAUUGGCCUGAGUGGUUCAUCUCUGGAUCCCAAGGAACCCGGAUUCGAUCCGGCUACCGCUGUUCACUUUACCUACCCCUUGACGCAGUAUAUUGGAAAGAAGAAGGUUGCCAAGACGCGAAACUUGUUGGAAGGCAAGGAAGAAAUUGAAGAGGAGCCUGAAGAGGAACCAUCUACUGGCCCAAUCAUCGCGAGCUACUACCAUCCCAAUACCACCUUGUCUUUUGUUCCCGAUACCGGCAUUCUAGAGCUCGCAAAGGCUGCACCUGCAGUCCGCCAGUUCCUGAAUCUAGAACCAACUGGGGCUCGCGAUGGUAGUGGCCAGAAUGGCUGGUACUACCCGAUUAUGUAUAUCAACCAAUUCUGGCAGCUGAAGACGCACAUGACUGUUCUCAAUGAGACUGUCAAGACCCUGCCUCUCCGACUCGACCUUGGAAACCUAGCAAACUGGCAGUUUACCAUGAUGGCAACUGUUGACCUGAACUCGAAGGAACAGGCUCGACAGGCUGCCUUGGGCCAUUCCAACCCGGGUGGCGGUGAUGGUAGCGAGAUUGAGAUGAUCAAGGAAAUCUUCAUGGACACCAACCCUUACCUCCUGGGUGUCACCAUUGUUGUCAGUAUUGCUCACAUGAUCUUGGAGACACUUGCCUUUGGCUCCGACAUUGCACAUUACCGCAAGAAGAAGGACAACGUUGGUAUCUCGGUGCGCUCCAUUUUGGCCAAUGUAUUCAUGCAGACGGUCAUUUUCUUGUACCUUGUGGACAACUCGCAAAACACAAGUUGGAUGAUUUUGGGUACCCAGGGUGUUGGUAUCCUGAUUGAGCUUUGGAAAGUCACUACGGUUGUCAACAUUCGCCUUCGACCGGCAAAUCCUGGCUCCUGGCUACCAUACUCUGUUGUGUUUGAAGACAAGCACAAGCUCAGCGAGACCGAGGAAAAGACCAAGGAAUACGACGAGAUUGCGUUCAAGUACAUGUACUGGGCUGGCGUUCCCCUCCUCAUUGCAUACGCCAUCUACUCCUUGGUCUACGACUCUCACAAGUCAUGGUACUCCUACAUCAUUACCACUCUAGUCGGUUCCGUCUACGCCUAUGGCUUCUUGAUGAUGGUGCCCUCCCUAUACAUCAACUACCGCCUCAAGUCAGUUGCUCACAUGCCGGGCAAAGCCAUGAUGUACAAGUUCUUGAACACGUUUAUUGACGACUUGUUUGCAUUUACGAUCAAGAUGCCCUUCUUGCACCGUCUGGCCACUUUCCGUGACGAUAUCAUCUUUUUCAUCUAUAUUUACCAGCGAUGGGCUUACAAAGUUGAUUACACUCGUGUCAAUGAAUUUGGACAGGGUGGUGACGAUGAGCCCAGCGAGGAACUCAAGGCUCAGCCCAAGUCAUUGCCCAAAGCCGAUCCAGAAACGGAAAAGGAGAUCACAGGUGGACCCGUUGCUACUGGUGCAGACACUGGCAAGGCUACCAAGAGGAAGUAA